GCGAGGGUACGAAGCCCAGCGGCUGGACUACCGCAGCGGAAGACAGAGCGAAGAGAGUCGCGAGAGAGAGCAAAGCGACGCCGCCCGAGCCAGCGCGAGCGCGUGCAGAUCGCGCGGCAAGGCCCCGGGCGCCAGGCGGGACACCCUUUCCGAUACAGAUUGAAGGAGCAAGUCGCCAGAGGCGAUGCUUGUCCAGUCUUAUUUUCUCCGCUUCUACCGUCGUCUAGGACCGUGCUUCUCAUCUACAGACCUCCCUCUGCUGGAUUUCGCCUGCAGCGCGCAGACAAGAGCCAGAUCUGGGCAGCGAGGAGCGGGCAAGGUUUUACAAAUGUCCCACUUGCGACGUCCAGGGAGGCUUUUGCAUUUGGCAAGCUGCAUUCUAAUGGUAAAUCUUAUUGCCGGCCGCUGCUAUAUACGGCCGUCCUCAGGUCUAUCGGCGGUAUAUGCUCCCUUCCUUUGCGCCUGGCUCGUCCGUCAAGCGAAAAGGCAAAUCGUACGACGACAGCUCUGGUCACUGUUGCUGCUGUCCACCCUGGCCGCUGGAUCGCUCUUCUGCUCAUCCAGGCGCGUCUUGUCGGCGUACCCAUCACCUCCCCGCUCGCAGUCGGGCGCAGGCAAUUAUGUGUUUUGAUAACACGACACAAACACACAGAGGGAGAGAGGCAGAGAGAGGGAAUGUGGUGGCUGGCCCUAAAAGUGAACGCUAGACAAUCUAAUCUCUAUAUGCACACAGUGACAUCCCCACGCCCAAAUGCACUGUCAACUGGUCGUCAGCCGCAGUGCAGUCGACAUGCAGAAGCGAGAGUCGUGUGAGUCGAAGGCUCUUGCGGUAUCAGUCUGAGCAGA